AUGUCAUUUUUUAAAUCUAUUAAAACUAAAAUAGAGGAAACAUUAAAUCACUCACCUCAACAACAAUCACAAUCACAAUCACAAUCACAACAACCUCAGCAACAACAACAAAAUACCAAACCAUUAUCAGAUUCAAGAAAUAAUUCAACAACAAAUUUAAAUAAUUAUACAUAUAAAUACGCCUAUAGUUAUGAUAACUUGGGUGAUAACAAUUCAUCAGUUACAAAAAAUCAAAUAAAGGAAAAUACAGAUAAUUCAUCAUUAAAUAAACAAAUAAUAUAUGCAACAAACGAUUAUGGUGAUAAACCAACAGUAAAUAGUAAUAGCAAUGAUGAUGAUAAUAAGAGUACAAAUGAUAAUAGUGAAGAAGUUAUUAUAAGUAAUGAUUAUAGUAAUGAUGACCAAUUUAUAGAUAUUUCAACUAUACCGAAACUAGAAUUGGAUGAUAAUGAACAGUAUGAACGUAUAGAUUUUUUAAAAGAAAAAGUUGUAUUUAUAUCAACAGGUGCAAUACAUACAUCAAUUAUUACAGAUAAAGGACAUUUAUAUACAUGGGGUGAUGGGUUAUUGGGUAAAUUGGGACAUGGUACAUUGGAGUCUUAUAGCGAACCACGCUUGGUAGAGUUUUUUGAAACUAAACCAUCUUUAAGAGUUGUGUCAGUGGCAAAUGGUGGCAAACAUACAGUUGCAUUAACAGUUUGUGGUAAUGUUUAUUCAUUUGGUGGUAAUGAUAGUUGCCAAUUAGGUUUGGGUAAUAUAUCUUCAUCAUAUUAUAGUACACCCCAAUUAGUAACAUUCCAAUCACCUCAAUCAUUAUCAAAUUCAAAUUCAUCCUCGCCUAUUAUAAUGUCAAAUUCAACAUCAACACUAUUUAAUAAACAACAACAACAAUCUAGUAAUAAAAUCGAUAGAAUAAUAAAAUUAUCUUGUAGUACAAAUAGAUCAGCUGCUAUUUCUAAACUUGGGUAUCUUUAUACAUGGGGUAGAGGUGAUAAUGGCAGAUUGGGUCAUGGCGAUUCUUUAAUGCAAUCAACACCAAAGCAAGUAAUGUCAUUACACGGCCAUACUAUUGUAGAUAUGUCUUUAGGAGGGGGUCAUUCAAUGGCGCUUACAAAGAGGGGUGAGGUAUUUUCAUGGGGACGUGGUGAAAAUGGUCAAUUAGGUCAUGGUACUUUUACAUCUCAACAAAUGACACCAAAACAAAUUCAAGCAUUUCAAAAUAAAACAAUAAAGGUUAUUUCCGCUGGUGGAUACCACUCAAUUGCUAUCGAUACUAAUGGUAGUAUGUUUGCAUGGGGAAGAGGUGACUAUGGUGUGUUGGGUGUAAGCUCAUCUUUAGAUUCAUUGGGUGAUAUAAAUUCACCAGUAUUAAUAAAGUCUCUCAACAAUAGUAAUGGUAGUAAUAAUAGUAAUAGUAGUGCUGGGGAAAGAUUUAUUAAUGUUUCAAGUGGUUUCCAGCAUAAUGUAGCACAAACUGAAAAUGGAGAUUUAUAUUCAUGGGGUUGUGGGUCUGGUAAUAGAUUAGGUUUAGCAAAUGAAGAAAAUCAAUUAAUACCAAAAAAAUUAAAUGAUAGAUCAAAUAAUUCAAAACCAGCUUUCUUUUCGUGUGGAGAAAUUAUAACAAUAAUAGUUGAAAAAAAAUUAAUCGAAAAUAGUGAUACAUCAACAUCCACACCAAUCAAUACAAGUUCUGGUAUAACGAAAAGUACAGGCGAUGAUAGUAAAGAGUUAGUACUUCCAAAGGAAUAUAGCAGUGAAAAUUUAAAUGAAAUUGGUAAAAAAUUAUCAGGAUCAUUAACAAUUAGUGGCAAUGCAUUUAGUAGCUCACCAUUACAACCAUUAGUAUUAAAUCCAUCGCAAUCAAAAAGACCAUCAUCACCAACCCCAUCAUUUGUAUCAUUAGCCAAUGAAAAGCAUUCACCCGUUAAUGUUUUAUUAAAUAAUACACAAAAUUCAUUAAUUGAAUGGAUGACCAAUGUUUCAAAAUCAAAGCAAAUUUUAAAUAUAAUUCAAAUUAAACCAACUACACAAUUAGUAAACUUGGGGCUAUCAUUAGAAAAGAAAACAAAAGAUUAUGAUGAUACAUUACGAUCACUUAAAUUAUCUGUAAAUAAAAUUUUAAAGUCAAAUAACAAUAAUAAUAAACCAAAUGAAAUAGCACAGGAUAUUGAACAAUUAGUUAAAACUAGAAAUCAAUUGGGUGAAGAGUUAAUUAAUGAAUAUAAACAAUCAGUUGAAUAUUGGUCAGAUAUUAAAAAACAAAAAGAAUUAAAUUUAUUGCAAUUAAAUAAAAUAUUAAAAUAUUUUAAUAAUAAUCAACUAAAAUCAAAGCAAGAUCAAGAGCAACAAGAAGAGCAACAAAACCAACUUUCGUCAAUUGAGAUUCAAAAGCAAAGUUUUUAUUUAAUAGAAAAGUUAAAUUCAAGUUUAAUAAAUUUCUGUAAUAACAUAAUUGAAGGUAGUAAUAACAAUAGCGAAAAGUUUGAAUCUCUUAGGUUAUCAAUGGAGGAAAUCCAAUUAACAAUUUUAGAAACACUCAAGUAUGGUGAACGUUAUAGCGAAAUUUUAAACACUCAAUUAAUACAAUGCGAUGGUUUAAUCAAUGUCCACAGAGGUAAAGAGUCCGAAAUAGAACAUUUAUUAUCAAAAAGAGUUGAAGCUCAACAAUUAUUAGAACAGCGCGAAAAAAUUAAAUCUGAUUAUAGAUCAUGCAAAAGAAAUAGUAUCGAAAUUGGCCGAAAAAUUGAAGUUUUAGAAUUAGACUCUGACGAUAACAAUUUAAGUGAAAGUGACAACGAAGAUGACCCAUCACCAUCCACGUUAAAGUCAAAUAAUAGCCAUAAUAAUAUCUGCAUAAAUAAUGAAAAUCAAUUAACAUCAUUAAAGGAUCAAUUAGUUAAAUUUAAAAAGGAUGAGCAAAGAUUAAUAAAUUUACAACAAGAAACCAAUGAUUCACUUUUAAAUAUUAUCGAUAAAUAUGUACCAGAGUUCAAAAUAAAACUAAAACAGCAAGAUAAGAUUUCAAAUAGAGUCAAAGAUACAGGUCUAUUAGUCUCUGAAAGGAAAUUCCAACAUUACGAUAUUUUAAAGACUUUGGCAACUCAUCCACACAAUGUAUAUUUAGCAAGCUUUGAUGAUCAAACUGUAGUAUUAAAAGAAUUUGGAAUUGGUGAUCAAUUAGGUAAACAAAUGUUUAUACGUCAAGUGUCUUUAAUGAAAUUAAUGAGCCACAAGUGUAUAAUGCCAAUUCAAGCUGUAUUUUAUGAUAGAAAUGCAUUUAUGCAAAUGGAGUAUAUUCCAGGUGGUAAUUUAAUUAAUUGGUUAUUAAAUAAUAAUAGUAAUAAUAAUAAUAAUAUAAAUAUAAAUAAUCAGCAAAUAUUUAAUCCAACAAACCAACCAACAUUUAAUAGAAAACCCUGGGAAAUUCAAAAAAUGUUUCAACAAAUUAUUCAAGGAAUUGCUUAUAUGCAUUCAAAUUGUAUUAUUCAUAGGGAUUUAAAAUUAGAAAAUAUAUUAAUUAGAGAAGAUGGUACACCAGUUAUCAGUGACUUUGAUCUUAGUAAGGAUAUUUCAAUUUCAUCUGCUAAUGCAACAUUAUUUAAUGGUGGUACUGAACUAUAUAAAGCUCCAGAAAUGAAAGAGCAAGGUGUUAAAGGUAAUUACUCUACAGAUAUUUGGGCAUUUGGUGUUAUGCUUUAUAAAACUCACUUCCCUAGAGCAAGGGAGCCUAUAUUAUUACCUGAAGAAGAGGCUGUACCAAUGCCAUCGUUAAUCUAUCAUGGUGGCGAGCAGCAACAUCAGGUUGAUCAAAGAUUAUCAUCUCUUCUUUCAAGCAUUCUUCAAAGAAAUCCACAGCUUAGACCAUCUGCACAUCAAGUUGCUGUUCAUCCUUAUUUUGUGACUUCGUUGGUUGAAGAUCUACUAUCAUCUAGAACUCUUAUUGAUAGCCGUGAAAAAAUUGCUGCAUUCAGAGCUCAUGUUUCAUCAUUAUCAGAAAUGGCGGAGGAAAUGGGUGAAUCAAUUCAAUUAACCUUGCGUCGUGAUAAGAUCGUGUCCGAGCUAUUCCAGUUUUUCCAUAAAAAAAUAGAGCAAAACAAACUAUUUUCAAGAUUAGAGGUAUCUUUUCAAGGUGAAAAAGGUUUGGACCAUGGUGGAUUGCUAUCUGAAAUGUACUCUUUAUUAUUUAAUGACAACCAGAUUAUCCAACAAGUAAAUCAAGAAUUAGAAAAUAUUCAACAACAAGAUCAACAACAGCAAUAUGAAUUUAAAAGUAUAUUUUCAAAGAGAUUUAAUUUAUUCGAAACCAGUGGAACAGAUUCACCAUUUUUUUUAUUAAUUUCGGGCGAAUUAUUUAAUAAUGAAAAUGACAAAUUGAAUAACCCACUUUAUUCAACACUAAAAAGCGAGCAAGCUAUAUUCAAAGUUUUAGGUAGAGUUUUUUUAAAGGCAGUUAUUGAUGGCAAACCUAUACCAGAUGUUUUCCCACCUUCAUUCUUUAAAUAUUUACUCAACAUUAAACCAAAUCUUCAAGAUUUAGAAGUUUAUGAUCCACAAUUAGCUCUUAGUUUUAAAAAAGUUUUAGUAUUGGACAAUAUCGAAGAUUAUUUAACAACUACAUUCGAAGGUUUAAUCGAAGGUGGCGAAAAUAUUGAGGUUACAGAUUCAAAUAAAGAGGAUUUCAUUCAAAAAAAUAUAGAAAGAGUAUUGGUAGAUUGCAGACAAUCAAAGCUAGAAGCAUUUAAAUCUGGUUUCAUGUCUAUUGAAAGUUUAAAUGCCCAUUUUGCUUUAUUCUCUCCAACUGAAUUACAGUUAUUAAUGUGUGGUAAUACUUUAGUAGAUGCAUCAGUUUUACAAAAAAGUUUUAAAUUUAUUGGUUUCCCAGAUUCAAGCAACACACCCAAAUUCUUUUGCAAAGUUAUUGAAGAAAUGUCACAGGAUGAAUUACAUUUAUUCCUCAGAUUCCUUACUGGUAUGGUAGUAAUUCCAUUACAAGGUCUAGAAAAACCUUUAUCAAUUAUAAAUGUUCCUAAAAGUGAAAAGCUACCUUGUGCUCAUACCUGUAGUUAUCAAUUAGAUUUACCAGACUAUAACGACUUGGAUUUGUUAAAAAGAAAAUUAAUUCAGAUGUUAGAAUGGGUAGAGGGUUUUGGUUUUAUUUAA